AAAUAGGGGCAUUCUCUGAAGGCAUCAACAAUCUCACACACAUGUUGAAGGAAGAUGACAUGUUUAAAGAUUUUGCUGCCCGCUCUCCCAGUGCCAGCAUUACAGACGAAGAUUCAAACGUUUGACCUGGAUGAGCAAACUUUUCCUCUGAAAAAGAAGCAAUUCUGAAUGACAUUCACAUGCUUGAUGUUUGGGAGCAGUAUUGAUUGGGUGCAGAGAAAAUGGGGCAAAAAGCAUCACAGCAGUUGGCUCUGAAGGACAGCACUGAGAUUCUCAGCAUCUGUGAGGUGGUCAGUGAAGCCAUAGUCCAUGCAGCUCAGAAGCUCAAGGAGUAUCUUGGAUUUGAGUAUCCACAGAGCAAACUCUGCCCAGCUGCAAAUACUCUGAAUGAGAUCUUCUUAAUCCACUUCAUCACUUUCUGCCAAGAAAAGGGAGUUGAUGAGUGGCUCACCACCACCAAGAUGACCAAGCACCAAGCCUUACUAUUUGGAGCAGACUGGGUUUGGACUUUUUGGGGAUCUGAUAAGCAAAUAAGGCUUCAGCUGGCGGUUCAGACUCUACAGAUGGCUUCUCUUCCUCCUGAGCAGUCAAAACCUUGUGACUUCCCCAGUCCGGAGUCGAGGAUAGAGGAGUCUUCCUGGAAGAGAAGUAGAUUUGAUAAGCUGGAAGAAUUCUGUAACUUGAUAGGAGAGGAUUGUCUGGGCUUGUUCAUCAUCUUUGGUGUGCCGGGAAAACCUAAAGACAUCAGGGGAGUCGUCUUGGACAGUAUCAAAAAUAAGACUGUAAGGAGCCAUCUGCCAGGACGCAAGGCUGUGGAACAGUUUGUCCUGGAAACCGAAGAUUGUGUCUCCAUGAAAGAACUGCUUGGAAACUGCCUGAGUAAGCAAGAUGGGCUGAGAGAGGUGGGCAAAGUUUUUAUUAGCAUCCUCUGAACUGGAUGUGUGCUGUGACUGGCCUGUAUCAUAAAAAGAAAAAAAAAGAUAUUCUUAUAAGCAAGCUCAUUUACAUACAUCAUUCCUACAUGGGUUUUUUUUCCCCCCUCUUCCCUUAUCCCAUUGAUUGAAAAUGAUUACCUGGGUCAAAGUUAGUUUGACAAUUAUUGGUUUUGUAAUUAUGGAACAAAAAAAAAAGAAAAAGAAGAAAAACCCUGGCUGAAUUUUAGGAAAUUUUAUAAUUAGGUUUAAUCUUUAUUCAUUUAUUCAGUAAUAAUUGGAAAGCAUAAUAAGGUUAUGCAUAAAGUUUGAUUUGCAAAAUAAAGCGUAUUUGUUUAAAAU